UGUAGCUUUAAGAGGAGGGGGCGUGUCGUUUCUGUGGCUGUCCCUUUUAUUUGAAUAUACAGUAGUUCAGCAAGGCUGGAGUCGGAUUGCGUCGGAUGUUUUUCGCCUUGUGAGACGGUCACAGCGGGACGUGGUGGCUGCUGUCGUCGGUAAUGCUCCUCAUCCUGGCCUAUAUUUAACAUUUGAAUGAUAUUACACAGCUAGAGAGGCGUUUUCCCCGCCGCAUGCACAAACACACAGGAGACUGGACCGACAAUAUGGACUUGCACAUAUUGGACCACAGGCUACGGGUCACCAGCAUAUCCAAGAAUGGGCUGGUGAAUUUCACACACCCCCUGAUUAAACUGAUCUUCCUCCGCAACAGGACACGAUGUAAGUUUUUCAGCCUGACGGAGACACCAGAGAACUACACAGUCGUCCUUGACGAGGAAGGAUUCAAAGAGCUGCAGCCCUCAGAGCAUCUCAAGGUAGAGAGCUCCAUUUGGCUGCCGCUCAACGUGGUCUCCAAUGGCAACGCCUCCAGCAGCUCACAGGCUGUCGGCGUGACAAAGAUCGCCAAGUCGGUCAUCGCCCCUCUGGCCCAGCAGCACGUCUCCGUCUUCAUGCUCUCCACUUACCAGACCGACUUUAUCCUGGUGAGAGAGAAAGACCUGUCUGUAGUCAUCAGCACUCUGGAGGAGGAGUUCAAUAUCUACAAGGAGGUGGGAGGAGAGUCUGUCCCUAUGCAGUGUCAGGACGUUUCCAACGGCUUCCAGAAGAACGGCAAAGAAGCCAUCCUGCCUACAGUUCACCCGGUGCUGAUCCCCCAGAACCAGUUCUGUGUCAUGUCUCUGGACCCAGACACGCUGCCAUCCAUCGCCACCACGCUCAUCGACGUCCUCUUUUAUUCCAACAGUCCUAAAGAGGACACACAGUCGUCCCCCAGCCAGGACCUGGACUGCAUCAAGUUCUUCUCCUUCUCCCUCAUCGACGGCUACAUCUCUCUGGUGAUGGACACGGAGGCCCAGAGACAGUUUCCUGCAGAUCUUCUCUUCACCAGCUCCUCCGGGGAGCUGUGGAGAAUGGUUCGUAUCGGGGGCCAACCGCUGGGCUUCGAUGAAUGUGGUAUAGUCGCUCAGAUAUCGCAGCCUCUGGCUGACAGCGACAUCUCUGCCUAUUACAUAAGCACCUUCAGCUUCGACCAUGCUCUGGUCCCUGAGGAGGACAUCGUGAGCGUGACGGGCAUGCUCCAGCAUCAGAGGAAAGAACCAGCUGCGAGCUGAUUUCUGAAGUCUCGUCUGAGCUGGAUGAUCCUGGCUCAAUGUGCCGCCCCCUAACUCCAGCUCCAGUGGCCAAGGGUGGCAGGCCAGCAGGAAAAGAGGCUAACCCUGUGCCUAGACUAGCACUGCAUCGCCAGCAGUAUUAACUACUACGAACUUGCCAUGAACACCAGAAGCGCUUCUCUACGGUGUGCAUAUACAGUUUGUCUGUGAGGCCUCCUGUCUUACCUUAUGCACAUCAAAAUGCACAAUCACUCCUAAACACACACAUAUCCACACAGACACACACACACUUGCACAUCCACAAGCACAAAGUCAGACAUUUGAUAGACUCUCUUUCUCUAAUGUAGGACUGGAGAUUGCGUGGUCUGAAGUUAAAUUGUUCAUAAUAUUAUUUUGAUGCAGACAGAAGAACACGGUCAUACAUUUUACCAGUGUUGCAAACACCGGUAACUUAGUCUUCCAGUAAUGUUUAUGUCAUAAUGCCAUGUGUCUAAACAACCUUAUUAUAUUUUAAAUGAAAGGCCAUUUGCAAAGAAUUGCAGUUUUCUUUUUUGUGAAACUAAAAGCGUGAAACUUAAACGCAAGGCAGUUGUGAGAAUGUUGAUCUGAAUCAUUUCCAUGCAAAAGAAAAAACAGAAUUUCUAUUUUUUUGACAACAGAGCUCACUUGUUUUGGUUUGAGAAGAAUGUGCAGGUAGUUCUUGUAUAUUAAAACUACUACAAAUGCUGUCAAGCAGGACGGUAGGCUUGGUCAGUGUUUUUUUUUUUUAAGAGGUCAGCAUUUCUUAACUGUAGUAUUACCCAAGGUCAAUAACACUAUGUCUUAUUUUUUGUUUUGUUUUUUGUUAUUUGCACAAUAAACUUUUAAUUUAGCUAUCACUUAGGUGUUUUCUUUGGUACAAUUUUUGUACAAUUUGAAGUAAAAGUAUUCUGUAAACAUUUGUAAUUUUUGUGCUGCUUCAAUAAAAGUAUUCAAAUAGGUA